AUGCGUUUCACCAGCAUCUUUGCUCUCCUGGCCGCCUCGGUCGCCGUUGCUCAAUCCGCGGAUGAGAGCACCACGACCAUGACCGCCACCACCACCAAGACGGUUACCAUCACCAAGUGCAACCCGACCAACACUGCGUGCCCCUUGUACACGCCGACUUCGACUGUUGCGCCUACCAUCAACUCGACGACCUCCACGCCCGUUUCCACCUCCACCUCGUCGUCUUCGUCUUCUUCUUCGUCAUCCUCGUCGUCGUCCCACUUCUACCCGGCUGCCAACUCCACCAGCUUUGCUGGCCCGACCGCCUCGGCUCCUUGGACCAAGUCUACCGUCCUUCCCAUCAAGACGUCUGCCGACUCUUCCGCCCCCACCUCUGCGGGCAGCGCUGUUCCUUCCGCACCUGCAAGCGCCGGCUCUGGCCUUUUCGUUCAGAGCGGUCUGAUGGCCGCCGUUGUCGGUCUCGCUGCUCUCGCGCUGAACUAG